UUCUACCAUUGUGAUGGGUGAGGCUGAGGUUCAUGAAGAAGUUACCAGUCCGGUAAACGAAGAGUUUGCCGAGGAUGAGAUUUCUGAUGGGGAAGAACGUAUUGAUACUACCCCCUAAUGUCGAGGAGGAGAUUGGUGCGGGUUUUGAAGGUGAUGGAGGAAAUAAUGUCGCGAUAGCUGAUGGCAGUGUUAUCGCUGAUAUGUCAGUCCCUGCUGGUGAUGCUGCGGGAACUCUCCACACCAUGUCUCAAGAGUUCUCUUUUGACCGGGUUUAUUCCGCAGGGGAUCUCCUUGACGAUGCUCUUGAUUUUCCUGAAGACUUCUCUCUACUCUCCCCCAAUGAUGAUUGGGAUGUGCUCGGGGGGUCUGGUAAGGAAGACGUUGUUGUUCAGGAUGGAGGCGCGGGUGAUCACGAUGUGUGUGUUGAUGCCGAAACUUGUGUUGAUGAGGCAAUAUCAGCCAAGGGGAAGUCUGUGGUUGAUUCGCCUUCCGAGGAUUUCCCUCAUUCGCUGACAUUUGAGGGUGAGGACGCCAUAAUGGAUUGGCUUAAGAAAAGGGGUUUGUUGUUUGUCCCUCAUCCUGCCCCGGUGGUUGCUGGUGAAAAUGAUUCCGAUGCUUAUACCUGUCGGAUGAUGGAACUGUCUUCCAAGGCGCGGGUAUCUGAGAUGUGGGGGAAAAGUUUGAGUGUUCCCGAAGCUACCCUUGUACCGGAGCCUCAUACUUCUGUCGAGGAUAUGAUGGCCAUAGCCGACGGUUACCAAUAUGGUUUUCCUCAGCAGCGUGUCUUGGAGAUGAUGAGGAGUGACCAUUGUAACCAUGUGUUGUAUCAAUUCUUUAAGGCGAAAUCUUUGAAGCUGGAGGCUAAGCUUCGUCACAGAGAAAAGGAAUUAUCUGCGGCUGAGGUAGAAAUAGAAGAACUGAAGAGAAGCCUUGAAGAGAAAGAAAGGUUGGGUGAAGCGGAGGCUGGGCUUCGUUCAGAGCUGCUGUCGUUCGCGCUGAGUUAGAGCAAACUCGCGGCCAAGUUUCAACUUUCACAGUGGGUGGCGUCCCCGAGUUGAUAUGGCUUCGAAACGAAAGGGCACGGCAAAAAUCUCGUAUCAAAGAGCUGGUCGAGAAAAUUAAGAGUGAAGCCAAAAAGUGGGACGCUCGGGCUGAGGUAUGGCGCGCAGGGCAUGUUCAAAUGGU